AUACGUCAAGCCAAUGAACAAAGACGAAGAUGAGAAACCAAACGAAAAAGAAGAAGCUUGCUACAUGAAUAGAGAAGAUCACAAACCCCCUAGAAGCGGAAGACAAUGAAUAGUAGAGAAUAGGGACAAUAGGGUGAAUAGGGAACGGAAAAGAAGCAAUGAAGGAGCAACGACGAAGGACUGAAGGAGAGGAGAAGCGUAGACGACAAUGAAUAGUAUUCAUACGAACGAGCCACUUGCUUUUAUUUAUAGAAAAAAGAUGAAAAAUAUUUUAGCGUUUUCACAUUAAUUGCUUGGUGUCUCAAAAAAAAUUCUAAGGUUCCACGGCAACACCCUCCCAAUUAAUACUAACGGUCCGAAGAGAAGAGAAAACGGGUAUAGGGAAAGAGCUGACUGCUGAGUCUUCCAAUCAAGUGUGGUCAGGAUCAGAAGAACAACACGGCGUUAACAAAACCGUGAAAUUGGAUUAGAAGAGAAGCAACGGCGAUGCAGGUCCAGGAAGUCGUGGCAAAACCCGACAACCCACCUGGAAGAGAGAGAAAGAGCGUACUAGUCAAUAGCAGUCAAAGACACAUAUACCCCGACACACAUCACCUAGCUUUCUUCCUUUAUUUCUUUCACAACACAAUCCCAAUGCACUCUCUCCAUCAAAUACCAAUCAAUCAAAAAGCCAGCGAGAAAAUGAAAAUUCGUGGUGGAAUAAUCAUAGACUGAAGAGAAAAGUUGUCGUUGUGCAGUGCACUGUCAUGGAAGAGGAUGAAGAGACGCAGCAACGAGUCACUGACUCGUCCCUCUCCACCGAGUCACGCACUUCCACUCCUUCUGAUGGAGCGCCACCCAACUCGGAAACCCUAGUUCACCGCUCCUCGCUUCCGCAUGACCUUGCCACUCAUAUGCAGGGCAGCUCUACCGCACAUAAAGGUGGAAAAGCUGAGAGUAAGGUGUCAGCUCAGCCUCCUGAUGAGGAAACUAUUGAAAAAGAUGCAGUUGAGGCACCUCAAAAACAGACAGAAAAUCAACUUCAGUCUGUUUGUUCAACUUCAUUAUCUGAACUAUCACCAACUUCUGUUUCACAUUCUUUAUCAUCUGCCCUUAGUCCCACUGUAUCACAACAGAGACCAUCUCCUCCCAAGGCUAAUAGUGUACAAGUGUCGAAAGGAGACAAAGGAACACCUUCUGAUGGUACAACCUUAUCUUCUGUUUCUGCUGUAAGGGCAUCUGCAUCUGAUGGAUACAACUGGCGGAAGUACGGCCAGAAGCAAGUGAAGAAUCCUAUGGGUUCUCGAAGCUAUUACAAGUGUACCCAUUCAAAUUGUUGUGCUAAGAAGAUUAAAUUUUGUGACCAUUCAGGACAUGUGAUAGAGAUUGUUUAUAAAAGUCAACAUAAUCAUGAUCCUCCGCAUAAAAUUGAUACCACCAAGGAAAGUAAGCUCCUGCCUUCCAGUGAACCUAAAGAAGAAAGCAGUGUUCCAAAGCAGUCUACCAAAGUUCUGAAUAAUUCUGAUCCAUCAUCUUCUCCGAAAGAACCUUUGCAAGAAGCACCCUGCAAUGGUGAUAAGAAUCUAGAAAACUCAUCUAAUGUUGAGAAUGGUAAAAUUAUUUUGAAGGAAAAGCAUGUCAAUGACCGAGAGCCAAAAAGAAGAUUGAACAAUGGUGAUUUGGAUUCAGCAGUAAAACAUGGCAAGAAACCAAAGUUUGUUGUACAUGCGACAGAGGAUGUGGGGAUAUCAGGUGAUGGAUACCGGUGGCGCAAGUAUGGACAAAAGUUGGUGAAGGGAAAUCCACAUUUCAGAAACUACUACAGAUGCACUUCUUCUGGAUGUCCUGUCCGAAAGCACAUUGAGACUGCUGUGGAUAAUUCAAAAGCUCUCAUCAUAACAUACAAGGGAGUGCAUGAUCAUGACAUGCCUGUACCCAAGAAACGACAUGGCCCGCCUAGUGCUUCACUUGUGGCUGCGGCAGCACCUGCUUCAAUGAACAAUGUGCAGUUCAAAAAAACUGGCUUGCUGCAAAGCCAGGAAACUGAAGCUCAAUGUUCAGAGGACACAGAAGGAGAAUUGAUGGGGGAAGCGAUGGACCUUGAGGGUGAGAAAGCAAUUGAGUCGGCUCGAACUCUUUUGAGCAUAGGUUUUGAAAUUAAACCUUGUUGAAUACAUCUUUUCAUAAACUCAUGCAGUUGCAUCUAUAUAAAUUAAUUGGUAGGCCUCAUGUAAUUUUGGUGGUUUCCUAUGUUUACCUUCUCUUUCUUGAUUUCUUUACUCAUGUAUGUAGUCUUUUAGUGGAGCAGUUAUAUUUAUUUGUACACAACGUUCAGCUGGUCUGAAACAGCUUGCGUAGUCGAGCGAAUAUGGAAUAGACUUGUAUCUUAUUCUCAGGGAGAGUGAGAACAGGUGAGGAUAGUGUUAUCAUUCAACUUCACUCACACAUUGUUUGUUUGAGUGUAAAUAGAAAGGAAUGAAAUAAAAAGGAAGUCGA